GUCUGUGGUAAUAAAUUAAAAAAACAAAAAGUCAAAACAAUUUUCGUAUUAUUGGUUUGCCCUGCAAAUUUAUUUUAUUAGGAUACAUUGAAUGAUAAUGCCUGAAAUGGAUAUUAAAAGAAGAGGUGAAGAAUAUUCCGUUGUGCCGGCAAAGAAAAUACGGCAUGAAGUAUCGGUUAUCGGCACAAGGGAAAAGGCCGUGGUAACCUCGUCGGUGCCGAGAACAUCAAAUCUCUAUACUCCAAUAAUGUUGUUAGAAGGACAUCAGGGCGAGAUAUUCACAGCUAAGUUCCACCCCGAGGGAAAACAUUUAGCAUCAGCUGGCUUCGACAGGCAAAUAUAUCUUUGGACGGUAUAUGGACAAUGUGACAAUAUAAUGGUGCUAAAGGGCCACACAGGGGCCAUCAUGGAGUUGUGCUUCUCCCCCGAUGGAGCGCACAUGUACUCUGGCGCCACAGAUAACACUGUGGCUGUGUGGGAUGUGCCCACAGGACAGAGGAUCAAGAAACUUAAAGGACAUGCAAACUUUGUUAACUCUGUUUCAGGAGCAAGGCGAGGCCCAGAACUAAUUGUGUCAGCAUCAGAUGACAACACCAUAAAACUAUGGGAUGCCAGGAAGAGAAACCCCGUAGCUUCGUUUGAUAGUGGAUUCCCAGUCACAUCUGUACUAUUCAAUGACACAGCAGAGAAAAUCAUAUCCGGUGGCAUAGAUAAUAUAAUCAAAGUGUGGGACAUUAGAAAUAACCAAAUAUCUUAUAAGAUUAAAGGACAUACAGAUAGUAUCACUGGCAUGUCACUAUCCUACGACGGAUCUUAUUUGCUAUCAAAUUCAAUGGACAACACGUUGAGGAUAUGGGACGUUAGACCGUUCGCACCCUCCGAGAGAUGUGUCAAAUUAAUGUCAGGCCACCAACACAACUUUGAGAAGAACCUUCUGCGCUGUGCUUGGUCACCUGAUGGGUCUAAGGUGGCGGCGGGCUCGUCGGACCGUUUCCUGUACAUUUGGGACACCACGUCGCGGCGAGUGCUGUACAAGCUGCCCGGGCACAACGGCUCCGUCAACGACGUGCACUUCCACCGCUCCGAGCCCAUCGUGCUGUCCGCCUCCAGCGACAAGCAGAUCUACUUGGGCGAAAUUGAUAACUGAAUACAUUUUAACAGACAGAAUAUUGCUAAUUAAAGAUUGUAAACUAAGA